AUGGGGAGACUGGCUCUGCUAAAAUCAAUGGAUGUUAAUGGCAGAGCAGAGGGUUUUGCAGGGAAUCUGAAAGGGAGGCUUUUUGCAGAAGAAGAUGAGAUGGUGGUGGAUCUCAUGGAGGAGAUAGAGAAAGAUAGACAGCUCUGGGAAGAUCAAGCGGUGAUUGAAAGGAUAAUUGGCCUUAACUGGUCAAGGAAAAAUAUCAUACUAUGGGUAGAAGAGAUGUGGGGUGAAUGGAUUGUAAUCAAAUUUAUUUCGAAAGGAUUUUUUGUGGUGCUUUGUGAAAAUCAUUCGGAAAGAGAUCACAUCCUUAAUCAGGAGAACUGGUUUGUAGAUAAGAAUGCGGUGUAUCUACAACCUUGGACACCAAAUUUUAAUCCCAUCCCUAUGGUAGUUUAUUCUUGCCCAAAAUGGGUAAGCCUUUAUAAUUUGUCAAUCGAAUAUUGGGGUGAGGUCUUUCUGGAGAAGAUUGACAGGAUGCUUGGGACGGUGUUGGAGAUUGACAUUGAUGAUGAGGAUGAUCUAUGUAAGUAUGCUAGAUUAAGGGUAGCAAUAGUCAGGCGUAUUCCAGAGUACAUCACAUUGCAUUCAUCAAACGGUGCAUGGAGGCAGCAGAUGGAAGUUGAAAAAGAGAUCCAAAAUUGUCCGAGAUGUGGUAGCAAGUUUCAUGGCGUUGAGGAAUGUAGAAUGUUCAUUAGAAAGGCUAGGAACCCUUUCAAGAGAUCAACACAAAUAUGGAGGUGA